CUACCACACACGCACACACACAUACUAAGAAAUUUUUAUCAUUUGUUUGCUGGCAUAAAGUUAUUGACUUUUUAAUAGGUUUUUUUUUGUUAAUGUUUUUGUUUUGUUUUAUCUGAGAACUAGGCACAAAUCGCGUAAACGACGUCUUCAUCAAACCACAACAGAAGACCAGACCACAAGAAUUGUUCACCACCAUUGCCGUCGUUGCGGAAAGAGUAGAGUAACAAAGAAGUAAAAGCAGCAGUUAUAGCCGUAUAGAGUUUAUUAUUUAAAUAAUUAUUUUUGGCAACUGAUAAAAAAAAGUGAAGGUAACCAGCAACAACAACGUCGUCCAUUCGUCCAUUGAAGCGCUGCAAGCAGGCAUAAUGUCAGGGCGGUUUGAAAAUCUACAAUAAAAACAAUUGGAAGACAAAUUUCUACGAACAAAAUAAAAAUUCAGGUUGUGGAAGAAAGGCGUCAACUCUUCCUGAAACAACAGAGCUUUUUUGGGUUUGGAAUAAGUGCAAAUAUAUCCGAAAACAAGCAGCGAUAAACGCAAUUUAUAGAUUUGCGAAGGAAAUCGUCGAAAGUUUGUCAAAAAAAUCUCAAGAAGGGGCACUAUGUGUGAAUGGCGUUGCAAUGCCUUGGUCAAAGACAACUCUAAGUAUAAUCCCGAUACAUUGGAUUUAAACACCGAUGAGGAAGCGGCCCGUUAUUGGUUUCCCUGUUUCCAGGAUAUGAUCAAAAAAUUCUCCCGUCAAGCUGAGAACUCGCAAAAAUCCGACGACGACACAGCUGGGCAGAGAGCUCAACAAUUCCUUGAAACUUCUUUGAGAAAAUUGGAGGAAUAUCGCUGCCAAACCAAAGAAAAUGCCGAAAAUAACAAAACCCUGGGUAUUAGAGAACUCUUGGAAUUGAAUGACAAACAUUUGCGUUUAUAUGGGUUUCCGGAUCCCUGGUUGGACCAAAAGAAGUCGGAAAAUGAGGCUGCCUUAGAAUUGUUUGCAAAACGCAUACAUGAAAUCGAUGACAUCUCCGAUUACCGCCAGCGUUGGACAGAAUUGGUAAAGGGUGUACUGGCUGGCAAUAUGUUCGACUGGGGUGCCCAGGCUGUAACCAAUAUUAUUUUAAAUGACAAAACAUUUGGUUUACAUGCGGCCUUGGAACGUAUACAAAAAAGGCCCUGGCUCAUGGAUGAUUUGGAUAAUUGGCUGGAUAGGUUGAGCAAUGGUGGCGAAGUGCAUAAAUGUGCUGCCAUUUUUGUUGACAAUUGCGGUGUGGAUGUGGUCCUGGGAAUUUUACCUUUUGCCCGUGAACUUUUGAGGAGAGGCACACGGGUAAUACUGUGUGCCAAUAAUGAGCCCUCCCUCAAUGAUGUUACCAUUUCGGAGUUAUCCAGUAUAUUGGACACCUGCAGUUGCCAUUGUGCCAUUAUCAAAGAAGCGCGAACGAGUAAACGUCUCACCAUACAAGGAAACGGUCAAAAGGGACCGUGUCUGGAUAUGCGUACAUUGCCCCAGGAAUUGUGUAAUGCCUUAAAUGAGACUGAUCUCCUUGUCAUUGAGGGCAUGGGCCGGGCCCUUCACACUAAUCUUUAUGCUAGUUUUAAUUGUGAAACUCUUAAAUUGGCUGUUGUUAAGAACAAAUGGUUGGCCCAACGUUUGGGUGGCGAUACCUUCUCUGUCAUAUGUCGUUAUGAGCCGUUGUUAAGCUGAGAGAUUAGCUGGCGUUAUCCAUACAAUAUUAUUCUCAUGAAAUUAUCGGUUGUCUUAUAUAUAUUGGGCCUGAACUGUGUUGUUCUGUAGUAUGUAGGGCGUUUUUUUUUUUUUUUUUUUUGUUAUGUGUUUUUAUUCUUCGACUAAAAUGAUUUUUUUUUUAUUAUCUGGACAACAUAGUUUAUGAUAUAAAAAAAGAUAUAGCUUAAGUAUUCUCCAUUCUUUUUUCACAAAAAUUAAAUUAUUGUGUUUUUUGUUCGUAUUUUCGCUUGAAAUUGUUUCUUUAAUUUCUCUCUCACACACAACAACAUUAUGAAAAUCAUAUAAUAACAACAAAAAUAAAAACAAGUAUUUAAAUGCAGAAAA